AUGACACGACUGUCUUCGCAAACCCCGCUCCCUAUUUAUUUCGAGCGAACAAUAACUGAUAGAUAUGAAGACCUUUUAUUCUUCCCCACCGCGACAGAUCAUUCUUCGCCAGCAGCAGGACCAGGAACCCUCCCCAACCCCGCUGUAUCUCAGCUUGGGAUAAAAAAAGCGCAUAGCGUUAUGGCUAGCAGCACCAGGGACCAACCAAAGUCGCCGUUCCGCCCGGAGAGCAAAUUCUCGUUAGUAACUACACUCUCGUCAUCAGGCCCAACAGUAUGUCUGAGAGACUUGGAGCUCAUCAAGGGAUAA